UUUCGCCUCCUGGCCCAGUACUUUGAAUAUCGCCAGCAGAACCUGGACAUGUUCAAGAGCUUCAAGGCCACAGACCCGGGCAUAAAGCAAGCGCUGAAGGAUGGUUUCCCUGGUGGGCUGGCAAACCUGGACCACUACGGCAGGAAGAUCCUCGUCCUUUUUGCUGCCAACUGGGACCAGAGCAGGUACACACUGGUGGAUAUUUUGCGCGCCAUACUUCUUUCUUUAGAAGCCAUGAUAGAAGACCCCGAGCUUCAAGUGAAUGGGUUUGUUUUGAUUAUAGACUGGAGCAACUUCACCUUCAAGCAGGCCUCCAAGCUCACACCAAGCAUGCUUAGAUUAGCCAUAGAGGGCCUUCAGGUAACAUUAUUCUUUUCUUUCUUUUCCUAA